AUGGGUAAAGUUGCUAUUAUAACGUACUCUAUGUACGGUCAUAUUGACACUUUAGCUAAGGCAGUCCAAAAGGGUGUUGAAGCUGCAGGCGGUCAAGCAGAUCUUUACAGAGUCGAAGAAACUUUGCCAGAAGAGGCUUUAGAAAAGAUGAACGCACCAGAGAAAAAUCCAGAUGUCCCAGUUGCUACACCAGAGACUUUGCUCGAAUACGAUGCCUUCUUACUUGGUAUUCCAACUAGGUUUGGUAGUUUACCAGCUCAGUGGAGUGCAUUCUGGGACCAUACCGGUAGUCUAUGGGCUCAAGGUGCUCUUGCUGGUAAGAUUGCUGGUGCCUUCGUUUCUACUGCAAGUCCAGGUGGUGGUCAAGAAACAACUUUAAGAUCUGCUUUGAGUUAUCUAACACACCAUGGUAUUAUUUACGUUCCAUUGGGUUACAGAGAUGUCUUUGCAGAAUUAGGUAAUGUUGAGGAAUUGCACGGUGGUUCACCAUGGGGUGCCGGUACUUUGGCUGGUGCUGAUGGUUCAAGAACUCCUUCAGCUUUAGAAUUGAGAAUUGCUGAAAUUCAAGGUAAAUCCUUCUACGAAACUUCUCUAAGGUUCGAGACCACCUCUAGCCAUGGCUCUGGUGCUGCUGCCGCCACUGAGUCUGGUGCUGCUGGUGCCACCACUGAUUCUGGUGCUGCUGGUGCCGCCACUGAUUCUGGCGCUUCUGCUGCCACCGGUGCUGCUGCUACUGGUAAGAAGGCUUCAUCUCCAAAGGGUAAGUCUCCAUCCAGUAAUGGUGCUGCUGCCGGUUCUUCUGAUGGUGCCGCUAAAUCUGGUGGUAAACCUUCCGGUUCUGCUAACGGUGCUCAAGGCACACCAGAUCGUCCAAUUCCUGUUCAAAAGGAUGGUAAGAAGAAGAAGAAGUGCAUCAUUAUGUGA